GAGUUCUGUCCAAGUAAUCUCGCUUCCCCAUUCACGACUUUUACACGCGUAAAUUUGGUAUGUUAUUCAGCAUCAAGUCUCUUCUCAUCGCUUCCGUUGCUGCGCUCGCAGUAAACGCGCAGAGCACCAGUUCCACCGCUCCAGGCUCUCUCCCAACUGGUCUUACCCCUUGCGUGGUUUCUUGCGUAAAAUCUGCCGCUUCUACAGGGGGUUGUUCUAGCUUCACGAACGUCUCUUGCAUCUGCACUUCAACUGCGUUCCAAUCUGCAGCUCUAUCCUGUUUGAAAGCGAAUUGUUCCUCAGCGGAAGUACAAGCUGCAACUCAGCUCCAGCAGACUGAAUGCGCCAAAGUUUCUAGCUCGUCUAGCUCUGCUUCUGCUUCCGGUACCGCUAAACUCGCAAGCUCUCCCUCAACCAAGGCUUCCAAUGCUGCGAUAGGCAUGGCUCCUCUUGCCAUCGAGGGCGUCGUUGGGAUUUUGGUCACCUGUGCCGGUGCGUUGGUCGGCGCAGCUUUUAUUCUCUAGAGGACUGGUGGAGCCUGGAGCAAGACAUCAAACACGAGGGUCCUUCGUCGCUCUCACACUACUAGAACUGGCCUUUUACUUUUCUUGGAAUGACUCUGGCACGAAACUCAAAAAAAAAAAUUACGUCACGGCCUUGUUUGGUGAUUCGUCUCUUUCUCUUCUCUUCUCGCGCAAGCCUGUAGCAUUAUGAACUUUGUAAGCUUCUUGUGUAUUAUCAGCUGGUGUCCUGUACCAUCACCAUAUCCUACCUGUCAUCAUUCCAGGAUUUGUGUUAACAUAAUAAUACUGGGAUUCUUUGGUCUUUCCCGGUCGAUAUAACUGUCAGGUUGCUCCAAGGUUUGUUCGCCUCGUGGACAAUUGCAAGCUCCACCUGCCGAAUCAACACUCAGUUGAUGGGAUUUCUGUCAGGUUUUCUGAUCUUUACAUGUCUGGUUCAAAUGACCCUCAUGCAUAGUAGAGAAGGACGAGCAGAAUUUGGAAUCCGCUAUCAUCCUAUCAUAUAUGGGGGUCGAUCGAACACUCACGUCGAUAGAUAGUUUUUCCCCAAAAACCCUUAAAGACCCGAGUUCUCUCGUCACCCCGAUGAUGAUUGUGUCU